GGCUGGGUGGGUGACUGUCGCGGCCGUAGACCUUGGAGACCUUCAUCCGGUCCGCGAGUGUCCGGGCGCGCGGGGGUCGCGAGUGCGCGCUGUCCCCUGGCGGAAGGAAACGACCCCGGGGUGUGUGCGCGCGUGUGUACGCGCGGGGGCUGGGGGCUGCGCUCUGGGGACUUCAUUUCGCUUUUUCUUCCCUAAAAAACGUAUGUUUAAUGUUUGGAGCUAGGAUUUCACCGUGUAGUCCUGGCUGACCUAGAACUCUGCAUAAAGUGCAGACUGGCCUGGAACUCGAGGCCAUCCCCCUGCCUCAGCUUUCCUUCCCAAGUGCUUGGGAAAAUCCCAGACCAGGCGCGGCGCCACACCCCAGUGCCUUCGGUUCUAUUUCUCCUCCAAAACCCUGUGUCCAACGUGGUUCGCCGUUCCGACCCCCUUUGCUCCCUAGUUCCAGUGCACCGAUGGGGUCCUCUCUCCUCCCGCGGGGUGCACCCAUUCCAAUCCUUCCCACGGGGUCCCAGGACCCCCCCCCGACACAAAAGAGGGGGCAGGAAGCGCGGAGUGCGCCCGCGCGCGUGUGUCAACGCAGCCGGUUUGUCAAAUAUCUUCCGUUUUUUACAACUUGGGCAGCAGGGGUUCCCCCCCACACCCUCCUGAGCUCUCUUUCCAAGAAGCCUUUGAAAUCCCGACUACCUUAGGGGUUUUCGUUUGUCUUGUUGUUAUAUUUGUUCUCUGACUACUAGGACUUACUGGAAUGUGUUUUUGCACACGUCUCCUGGUGAGGGGGGGGACACGGUGCCCUCUUUCCCAGACCCCUCCCCAGCUCCUGCCCUUCCCCCUCCACCUCCCUGGGAGGAGAGAGGGGCCCCUUUCGCCACCCUCAGGCCCUGGCCUUGCACAACUCCAAAUAACCGUGUUUUGCAAGGCCUGGCCGAUCUGGUGACCUCUCUCUCUCUCUCUCUCUCUCUCUCUCUCUCUCUCUCUCUCUCUCUCUCUCUCUCUCUCUCUCCCUCUCCCUCUCUCCCUCUCCCCCCCCACCCCAGAAGCCCAGAGGUGGUGGGGGAUGAGGGUGUGGCUCUGGGUCUCCUCCCAGCCCCCACCCCAGCCUGUUCCCCCUCAAACACCAGCCACCCAGUCCUGGCUCUCUGAGGGUGUUGUAAAUUGAGGGUGGGGGCCAAGGACAAAGAGCUGGGCGGGAGGGUUCUCCAGGGAUGAGCAACAGCAGAUUAGGGGUAAUGGUACCCCUGGAGGGUAGGGGGUUUGUCCUGGCUGGCCUAGGGGCAGCGCUGGGGUUCCCACCCUACCUCCCUCCACCCACUACCAGCCCCAGCAGUGGAGGCCGGCCCUGUUCCCCUCCCCCACCCCUCCACCAGGAAGGGUCAUUAAACCAAGCAGGCCUGGGAGGGGGUACAGAGUCUGGGAGAGGGGCUUCCUCUAGCCUUUUCCCUGUGUGUUCCCCACCCAGCUCCAAAGAGGGCUGUCACUUUCCACAUUUCCGUACGGGUGUGAGCUCAGCAGCUCCAAGGUGUCUGAGGCACGGACAGGAUGGACCACGUCGAAGAGUGUCCAGAAAUGUCCCCUUCAGCAGUUCUUGGGUCUGGUGGACGGGGUGGGGGGUCGGAAGGUAGGGGUGGUGACCAGCAGCCACUGGGUAUGUGUGUUGAGUCCCGGAUGGCUGCUCCACUGCCGGGGCCUCUAAAAUCUUCCUGUCUCAGAAAUCCUAGACCCAGGGGUCCCUUGGGGCCACACCUGCCACAGUUCUCCUGUGAGCCCCACGGUUUGGGUGGCCAGAUGUCUAGGGAAGGGGGACAGACUUCCCCGUUCUCAUUGGAGGCCUCGAGGCACUGCAGGGUCCCCUAGGUGGAGGACGAGGUCCAGAAAGUCCCCCAGCUGUCCCUUCCUCCCCACAGCCCAGGGAGUAAGUCCUGGGGGCCAUGUGUGUCCUGGAGUUCAGGUUGGGCUGAGGGUGACCCCUUAGGCCCUCUGUUUGGGAGGUGGGUUCAACUUUCUUCUUGAUGUCAGGCCUGCUGGGUUUCUCCCACUGUUUUAUUGGUGGUUUAUGUGGGGGUCGAGGGUGUGGCCUAGGAGGCCCCCUUUCUGUCACAGGAUGCUAUCUAUAUUCUGGGACACUUGCCCCCAGAUGAGCAGCACAGGACACCGGUACCUGGCCAAACCCCAGCCUGCGUGACCUUCUGAACUUUGGUUUCCCCAUCUGCAGCACAGACCAUCCUUCCCAGGACCCUCCACCAUCACCUACGUGCUGUCCACUCUGUGGGCAGAUCAGGCCUGGAGACCAGCUGAGGAGUCUACAAGCACUUGAAUGAGCCUGACACCAGCUUCUGCCCCUGAGUGCCCAACGUGACAGCAAGGAGCCCUUUGGUAGCCCCUGGCAUGCCCCACCUCCCCUCAGCCUGAGUUGGCUGCCCCUGCCACCGCCACCGCCACCCUGCACUGUCCCGGCUCCCCCGAGGUUCCCACGCUGCGGUGCAGCCAAGACCCUUCCCCACAGGGGCCACCCCCACCACCUGCCCCUGGUGCCCGGGGUGGCCCGGCCCGUAGGGCCAUGAAGCUGCAGGCUGUGAUGGAAACCCUCAUUCAGAGGCAACAGCGUGCCCGGCAGGAACUGGAGGCCCGGCAGCCGCCGCCACCCCCACCACCCGAGCCCACUGGUAUCCGGGCUCGGACCACCGUGGCAGAUGAGGACAGGGAGCCUGAGAAUGCCCGAAUGCACAGGACGCAGAUGGCUGCUCUGGCUGCCAUGCGAGCCGCUGCCGCUGGCUUGGGACAUCCAUCCUCUCCUGGUGGCUCUGAGGAUGGGCCUCCUGGCUCCGAAGAUGAAGACACAACCCAGGAAGGGACUCUGGGUUCACCCAUCCUGCGUGGAAGAGGCCGGGAGGGCCCAGGACACACAGAAGGAGAGAGGCAUUUGUUGGACAUGGACUCGGAUGAUGACACGAAGCCCAAGUGGGAAGAACAAGACCUGGAAGAGCUAGGGGAGGAGGAGGAGGAAGAGGAGGAAGAGGAGGAGGACUUUGAGGAAGAGGAGGAGGAGGGCCUGGGCCCGCCAGGGUCUGCCAGCCUGGGCUCUGCAGGCCUGUUUGCCCCCAAGACCCAACCUGCUCGGGCUUUCCGUGGAGAUGGUGGUCCCAGAAUGCUGGGUGGCCCUGAGCGCCUGGGACCUGGUCCGGCCCACCCCACUCACACGGCAUCCCAGAUGCCACCGCCAGACCACGGAGACUGGACGUUUGAGGAGCAGUUCAAACAGCUCUAUGAACUAGACACGGACCCCAAGAGGAAGGAGUUCCUGGACGACCUGUUCAGCUUCAUGCAGAAGCGGGGCACACCAGUGAACCGGAUCCCCAUCAUGGCCAAGCAGGUCCUGGACCUGUUUAUGCUGUAUGUGUUGGUGACUGAGAAGGGCGGCCUUGUGGAGGUCAUCAACAAGAAACUGUGGCGGGAGAUCACCAAGGGGCUCAACCUGCCUACCUCCAUUACCAGUGCUGCCUUCACACUGCGGACACAGUACAUGAAGUAUCUUUACCCCUAUGAGUGUGAGCGGCGAGGCCUGAGCAGCCCCAAUGAGCUCCAGGCCGCCAUAGACAGCAACCGCAGGGAGGGCCGGCGCCAGAGUUUCGGGGGCUCGCUUUUCGCCUACUCACCCAGUGGAGCCCACAACAUGCUGUCCUCACCCAAGCUACCAGUAACUUCUCUGGGCCUUGCCACCAGCACCAAUGGCAGCUCCAUCACCCCAGCACCCAAGAUCAAGAAAGAGGAAGACUCCACCGUUCCCAUCACAGUCCCAGGCCGCCUUCCUGUGUCUCUGGCAGGCCACCCUGUGGUGGCAGCUCAGGCCGCUGCUGUGCAAGCAGCAGCAGCCCAGGCAGCUGUGGCGGCCCAGGCAGCCGCCCUGGAGCAGCUCCGGGAGAAGCUGGAAUCCACUGAGCCUCCAGAGAAGAAGAUGGCCCUGGUGGCUGACGAGCAGCAGCGCCUCAUGCAGCGAGCUCUUCAGCAGAACUUCCUGGCCAUGACAGCCCAGCUGCCCAUGAACAUCCGGAUCAAUAGCCAAGCCUCCGAGAGCCGCCAGGACUCAGCUGGGAGCCUCACCAGUGCCAACGGCAGCAACAGUAUUAGCAUGUCAGUGGAGAUGAACGGUAUCGUGUACACAGGGGUGCUGUUUGCUCAACCACCGCCCCCCACACCACCUUCCGCCCCCAGCAAAGGUGGCAUUAGCUGCAUCGGGACCAACAACGCCGUGGGUAGCCGGACAGGAGCCAGCGGCGGGACCAGCAGCGGCCAGGUGGGGCUGGCCGGGGUAUCUGCGCCCCCCACAUCUUCUACCUCAAAUAAUUCCUUGCCUUAAAGGAAAUCAAGUUGUAUUGCUUGCCCACCCGCCAUGGAGACCACAUAGCCACACAGGGACCUGGAACAUCGUAAGAAUUCCAGCGGGCCGGGCAGAUUCCCAAGGAGCCACACUGACGCCAAAAAGGAGAAAGAAAUUUAUAUAUAUACAUAUAUAGAGAGCUAGAUAGAUAGAGAAGCAGAUUUAAUAAAUCAGGGCAAAGAACACUUGAAUCUCUCAGGUUUUAGAGACUUUGAGAAACGGAUUUCACAAGGGCCACAAGGCACCUCAAAGCUGAAGGAGGCCACCUUUCCAGAGGCUUCCAUGGGGUCCGGCUUGACCAACCCGGUUCAAGCAAGUCUAUUUACCUCACAAAUCCCCCGCACUGUGCCCUCUCUCUCCUUCUGGGAAGGCCGGGAUGAUUGUUUGUUUCAUUCUCCUUGGAAGCUAUGAAUUUUUUUUUUUUUAAACAAGAUCUCAACAUUCAGAUGCAAUUUUUUUUAAGGUUUUGGGGUUUCCAAUUUUGUAAAUAUUCUAUUAUAUUCUUGAGGGCGGGGAUUGGAUCUUAGGAAGAGUCCUAUCUGUAUAUCUAUAUAUUUGUGUUCAUUCAGGGAAAAGGACAAUUUUUUUUUUUAAGCAAAAGUACCAGCCAUGGCCCCCAGCCCCUGUCACCACAGAGCCCCUGCGGUGUCCUGUGGUAGAGUCAGGCAGUGCUGGCUCUUGGCAAACUCCACAAUUCUCUCUAGUCAUGCUGGGCCCUGCCCACUGGCUCCAUCAUUCAGGGACCUGGAUUGCUUACCCAGGACACAAAAUCUUCUAGAAACGGGUAGGGGGAGCAGCACACGGAAUGCAGUGGCCUCCUGUAUCUCAGGGAUGAAGAUCUGGACUCUGCCUGGAAGGGUUGCUUCUAGGGGAGAUGGGGUGCACCAGGCCUAGCUCAGGGCAAGGAUUCUUGCUGAGACACGCACAGUGCACAGUGCCUCUUCCUGUCUGUAUCACUCUCCCCCCGCUGCUGGGACAGCAGUUGAAUGUGACCAGGAAGGUUCCUGGUCUGGUGUGUCCAUGCCACAGUUUAGCUAAACUGAGCCCUGUGGCAUAGUCUAGUCUGUCGUCCUGGCUGCAGGGAGGGUGAGGCAGGAGGAUGAGAGUUCAAGGUUAUCCUUGACUGCUAGUGCUGGUUGAGGCCCACCUGGGCUACUUGAAGCCCUGUCUCAACAAAGCAAAGUAAGAUGAGAAGGCCAGGGCACACCUAAUCCAGCCCUCUGUGAGUAGGCCAGCCUGCUCCAUACAGUGGAUUCCAAACCACGAGAACCUGUCUCAGAGAGAAAGAAAAGAAAAUGACAUCUCAUCUCUCUGGAACCACCAGGGCAGAAAUGAUGUCAUCUCCCGCUGGAUUGGGGGACCUUUCCUGGACUCUGCUCUGGUCACUGUCCCCAAGGGAGCUGGAACCUGCUUGUCCCUCAGCCCCAGGAGUCCUGGAUCCCCAGUCACCCCAUUAAUAUGUUUUGACUGUGGGGAGCAAACCCUCUUCUUUCCUGUCUCAGGGUUGUUGACACCCCCUCCCAUCCUUCUAGGAGGGACGCCUUGCUCCAAGGGGAGAGGAAAUCUCAACUUUUCCUUCUGGAAGCUUCUGCCUGCCCCGUUUUGGGGCCACUGUUAGCCGCACAAUCAUUCCUGGUCACAGGUGUUGAGGGGGUUUUUGUCCCCUUCUGACAGCUUUGUGCAAAGUCAGCCUCCGUCUGUGAGUACCUGACUUGGGGUGACGGGGGUCGCCUUGGUGGCCACAUCCAAGGCGUGUUUCUACCUCAGGUCUUUUGAUGCCAAAAAAGAAAAAAAAAUGCAGCCGGGUCACCCACUUUUCUGAUCACCUGCUCGAGUCCACAGUGGGGACCAGUGUCCUGAUGUCCACUUUUGUCUGGGUCUGUGAGUGGCCAGAAAGCACCCAAUCCUAACUCAGGGGACCUUGCCCACCAGGGCUGUGCGAUUGUAGAGGGGUCCUCUGCUGGACACACUUGGCGACCCUCCAUGGUCAGGUCUGUGCCUCAGUUGCCUCACCCGGCCCUUGGCAUGUGGUACAGUUGGCGCUUGUUAGGCAAGCUGGAAUGGGGACAGGGCUGGACAUGGUCACUGUCCGCCUGGCACCGCAGGGCGAAGAGGGUGGAGGCAGGCCAGACCCCCAAACUCAGGGCUUCUAGAACCUUCCCGGGGACAGACUGUUUCUACAACUUUCCUGGUGGCCCUUCUGCUGGCCACCAGGCUGUCUUUGUCCAGCAGUAGUGGGUGGGUGGGCAUGGGGCUUGGGGACAGCUGGGUUCGUGUUUUCUGAGAGUUAUACAUCUGUAUAGUCUUGUGGGAUUUUUUUUCCUUUUUUGUAUCAUUUUUACACACUUCUUUUUUUUUCCCACACCCCACAUAAUUUUGGCUUUUGUGAAUUUAAUUUUCCUUCUGGGUGAAGGUGAACUGAACCUGCUUGUUCAGAACAUGUGAACUUUUUGGUUUCUUGGGGUGGGAGGGGCUUGUCCGACAGUGUGGGGUCGUGCACCAACUCAGGUAAAAUGAAAAAAAAAAAAGCGGAUAAAAAAAAAAGGAAAAGUAAAAACUGCUUUCUACCUCUCACACCAGGCCACUGUGACCUGUGGUGGCCACAGCUGUGCGGGAUAUUCAGGAAAGUUCCCGCCAGGCUGGCCUGCUGUGGCCACGGCUAUGCGGGAUAUUCAGGAAAGUUCAGCUAUUACCAGGAAAACUCAAACACAGCAACAGCAAAGGAAGUGUGAUUUUUGAAAUUAUUAAAAAAAAAACACUGAAAGUUUACAUUUUAUGACCUUAUUGUGGAUUGUAUUUAAACUUCAGAAAUAUUUAACGCGAUUGUAACCCUGUGAAUUGGUAAGAUUAAAAGAGUUAAGACACUUGU